GAUUACUGGAGAAAGAUUGCCAACCUCAUACGCACCAUCACUGGCAUCAACCUUCCCCAAACACCUGAAACCAUGUUAUUCCUAACAUACCCCCAACCACUAAACAAGCGCCAACGCAUCUUACUCAAUCACCUCCUAACGGCAGCCAACGCUCUAAACCCCACGAUGUGGAAACAGACCACAGCCCCGACUAUUAGAGCCUGGAUUGCCAGGGUUGACUCUAUUAGAAAAAUGGAGGAACUAGCCUACUCCUUCACUCUAAAAUAUGACGAAUACCACACCACCUGGACACCUUGGCUCCAGUUCCUCCAAG